AUGACACAGGAAAUGCCAAAAGAAGCCCUCGUGAAAACGCUGGAAAAAUUACUUGAACCCGUCAGCGGGAAGUCUGUCUACCUUACGGCCAACGACCUUCUUGCAGUUUGGGACUUCUUUGACAUUGACCAUGACGGCGUUCUCCUUGCGGAAGAAUAUGAACUUUUCGUACGCAUUCUCGGGGAAAUUCUCAAAACUGUGUUUCCAAAUUAUGGCAGAACCUUGCUCCCUGAUCUGAUUACCGCAGCGAUAAACCCGGGUUUGCCCUAUCAAAUAGGCAUUGACGAGAUUUCACAUUUACUUAAUGAAGAAGAGCGCUUCCUCCUUGUUUUCCGUAAGCUUUCCAACAUUCAGUCGAGUUUUGACUUUAUGAAGGAUCACAGUGGCGUCAUUGAGAAUGAGGAAUUUGAAGGGCUCGUAAAAGAUCUCUUGGAUAGUGCCAAAAAGAAUUAUGACACAAAAGAACUUGAUGAAUUUAAAGAUAUCCUGCUGAAACAAUGGGAUGAAAAUUCGGAUGGGAAAAUAAGCAAAUCCGAACUCAAACUUCUGCUUCUCCACUCUCGGUCGAUGUUCAUCAUCGGAUGUCACUUAGCAGCUCUGUGA